CUAGCUCGCACGCUUUUCCUCCUUUCUUCCACCUUCUUUAUUGCCGUCCCCGUCUUUUUUUCGUUUAUGCCCCUCUCUUCCACGCUCUGAGCUGCUGUGGGCGCAUUCUGGUAGGACGCGAGGAGGCGCCGAUCUGCGGCGACAUCGGCGAGCCGCUAGUCUCCCGCCGCACCGGCCGGCUCUAUAAUUUCGAGGGCCCUAGAGCGAACCGGAUGCUAUGGGCCCCCUUAGGCUAAAUAUUUUUUUUUCCUCCGACAUUUUCAUUAGGUUCUGCAUUAGCCUGAACUUCUGCAUUUAAAUUAUGAUCAUUUUCCUGCAUUUCAUCAGGUUCUUGCUCUUGAUCUUCAUUUAAAUCAGCAUUACUUACGGUUGAAAGAACUUGUGCAAAGCACCCCUUUGUGAUUCAACGAGCCGUUCAUCUUGUUUUUUUUCCUUUUCUGAGAUCCCGACAAAUGCUUCUUAGGUAACAUUCUAACACCUAAAUUAUGAAGGAAAAUAAAUAGAGAAAUUAGAAGUUUAAACCUAGAAAUCUAAGUGUCCAACGUAGUCACGAAGUAGCAGAUUACUAGUAGAAGUUAAUAGUUACUCACCAAUUUGCUUAGCUGAUUGCAAAACGUUGCUGGAUUGCUGCCGUAGAGGGGACGAGUCACGAGUGCAGAGGCAGGUCAGUAGAAGUUAAUCAACCGAUCACCAGUCGCCGGACGCCGGGCGGGCGGCCGAGAGGCCGCGGCCAGAAAAGGCAGCGAGGUCUGCGAUGCGAACAGAUGGACGCCGCGACGUUUCGACUGCCGAAGCCGAGCGAUCGAGCCCCCUGCAGCCUGUUGGGCCUCUUCUGAUGUGUAUGUGUACUAGUGUAUACAUAUUUGAUCCUGGGCCCCCCUCGGUUGUGGGCCCUAGGCGGUCGCCCCUCCCGCCUUGGCCCAGAGCCGGGCCUGCUCCUUGUCAAAAAGUUAUCUGAAGGCAUCGUUCUUUGUAAUUCCGGCCUUGCGCGCAGACAUAUUAUUUGCUCCCUGCUGGGCUCUCAUCACGUGCUCUUGGUCACUCUAGUUUAGGGGCAGCACUCUCUUCGGAUUGUUUGGGGAAUUUGAGUGUUUCUUUGACUGAGAGCUCAGCUUUAUGUCGCUAUUUUAGCAAAUUACUAUUACAAAGAAGGUCUUGAUCUUUUUCCUGGUAUUCAUCUCUAGUGGAUGUCGAUGCGCUUUUGACGUGGAUGGCGUGGGGGUCUGUCGGCUCUAGAUAUUUUCUCAUGUUUGUCUUGGUGUGAAAUAAAUAAUACAGACACGAUUAGAUAUUUUGUGCCACUUGUAUCUAGUUUGACUUUGAUGUCACCAGUUCCUUUCCUAGGUAUAAAAAUUUCUGGAAAAGAACUCGAGUAUUGGGCAAAUACUAUAUUAAUCCAAAGCCAAUAGAUUUUUGAGGGAACCCUUUGCCCACUGGUAGGGAAAUUUGAGGACACAAUGGCAGACCAGUUAAGGUGUUACACUAUGAGAUCCCAUGGAAUGGUACUGGCAAGAUUACACAUGUAUGACUGGAUAAUACUUCUCCUCCUUGCUGUCAUAGACGGACUGCUGAAUUUAAUUGAACCUUUUCACCGUUUUGUUGGGAAAGACAUGAUGACUGACCUGAGAUAUCCUUUGAAGGGCAAUACAGUGCCCUUUUGGGCUGUUCCAAUAUUUGGAAUUAUACUACCUUGGGCCAUCUUUUUUGGAAUAUACUUCAAAAAGAAGAAUUUCUAUGAUUUGCACCAUGGCAUACUGGGGAUUCUAUAUUCAGUACUUAUAACUGCAGUGAUUACUGAUGCAAUUAAGGAUGGUGUUGGCCGCCCACGUCCAGAUUUUUUCUGGCGCUGUUUUCCUGAUGGAAAAGAUGUUUAUGAUAACAUCACUACUGGUGUUAUAUGCCAUGGAGAGAAGAGUGUAAUCAAGGAAGGUCACAAAAGCUUCCCAAGUGGACACAGUUCAUGGUCUUUUGCUGGUCUAGGCUUCCUUGCAUGGUACUUAGCUGGGAAAAUCACAGCUUUUGAUCGCAGAGGACAUGUUGCGAAGCUAUGCAUUGUGUUUCUGCCUCUUCUUACUGCUUCUCUUGUGGCUGUUUCUCGAGUGGAUGAUUACUGGCACCACUGGCAAGAUGUAUUUACUGGCGCUCUAAUAGGUCUUACAGUUGCUUCGUUUUGUUAUCUGCAAUUUUUCCCAUAUCCUUUUGAUGCCGAUGCUUUCUGGCCUCAUGCAUACACGGUCCAGCUAGCCGAAGAACGCAACAGCAGAAAUGCAAACUCCUACAGUGUGCGACCAACCGAGAUCGAAACAGUCAAUAUUCCCGGCCGGGGUGGAAUCACCCUACGAGACACUCUCAACGACGUGGAGUCUGGAAGCAGAUCGUGAGAUCCAAGUCUGGAGUGGAGAUGUCUUGAAUACCCUGACUUCCGACUCUUGAGAUUUGUCUGCAUGAGAAGCUGUGUGGGAGCUGCUUACAUGUACACAGGUAGAUCUAUUGUAGAGCUGUUGACUGCUGCCUCUGUAUCAAUCUUCUAGGUCUGCGGUUUGUUUUUUGUUUAUUUACUGGAUAGCUGGUUUCUUAAGGCUUCGGUGUAAAAAUUACCAGGUAGGGGUGUUCUUACUGUCUGACGAGCUUUCGCUUUUGUUCAUACUAUGAUGUGAGCCCCGUGUUCUGCUUAAAAUUAGUUGGUGUACGCUCUUUGUACUGAUGCUUUAUCCCCGCAAUCAGGGUAUGUGAUCAGAUGCGCAGGAAGAGGAUACGUACUAUUUCACAUUUAA